UUUGCAGUAAAAGUGCGAUGAGCGUUGAGGAAACUCGGGAAAUUCUUGAGAAAGUAAUUCAAAAACCACAACUAACUGAUCAACUGCUUUCACGACCACCAUUCAAAUUUAUUGUUGAUAUAGUUAGCAAUGUGAUAAAGUCUACGGGGUAUUUGAAGACUGACUUCACCGACGAUGAAAUAAAGUCCGCUGGCAACGACAAAAACACCAAAACUGCCUUUCUUGACAAGCUGAUCAAGAUUCUAGAUGACGGAAGUCUCAAAAACGUCAAAGCCGCCAAAAUAAUAUCGGGGAAGGACGCGGAAGAAACCAACAAAAUGCUGCAAAUGUUGGGAACAAAUGCUACGAGUUUCAAUUCAAGGAAUGGUACCGGAGAGGAGAAAAAGAAGAAAAAAGUAAAGAAAGAGGACAAAAAGGGAGAUGAAGAAGAGAAGUCAACUACUAAAAAACGUAGCAGUAAGAAGGAAACGCAUGAAGAGAAGGAAAAAUCGGAGAAGAAAAAAUCUGCAGAAGAGAAAGAGAAGAAGAAAAAGUCUUCGAGUUCAAAAGAACGGCAUAAGUCUAGUGACAGGUCUAGCGAAAAGUCAAGCGAAAAGUCCAGCAAGGAGAAAAAGAAGGAAAAGAGCACAACAGACGAAAAACCCAAAAAGAGCAAAAAAGACCCGAGUGAACGGCAUUUUAAACGACAAGACUCAAUGAUUGCUGUGAAUGGAGAUGCACCGGAUACUCCGAACAAUGAGAAUGGAGAUGAGGGUUAUGACGAUCAUGAGAUUUCUGAACCAACUGUUAUAUCAAAUAUGGAAACUGAUUUGUCAGCUCAAUCACUACUGAUCCAACAGCCAGUGACGUCACCCUUGAAAACUGAUGAUAGUGGGAUGGGUGAGAGCCCGAGAAUGAUCAAGCCCGAAGAUAGACCCCCGUUGAUAAGACCAAUGACUGGUGCUGGAGGUGGUAGACCUAUGACAUCAAUGGGAAGACCCGGAACCGCGGCUUCAAGGCCAGCGCCUCCAAAACUGAAAAAGAAACAAAUUGCGACUGUUGACUCAACGCCACAAGUGGUAGUCGAACUCAAAUCGGAAAUCAUCAGCGAUGCUCCAAAAGUGGAAACCGAAGACGAUAGCAAUUUUAUAAUGGAAAAUGACGAGGAAGAUGGUGAUAGAACCGCUAGAAUUGAAGAUUUAGUUGAUGAAGAAGAUAGAGGAGCUUUGGUGCAAAAAAUCAUGGAGACGAAGGCUGAAAUUGAAGAUGGAGGAGGACAGGAUCAGGUUGAAGAGUCCGAUGCUGAUAAAAUUAUGACAGUUGAAAGAGAAAAGAUGAAGCAACUGCAGGAGAAGCUUCAGGAUUUAACAAGAUCUGCUUAUCCGCUAGCAAGGCUUUUUGAUUUUGCAAAUGACGACAUCGAAUCAAUGAUUAAAGAACUGGAGCGAUGGAGAAGUGAGCAGCGACGGAAUGAGCAAGAGGAUCAGAACAAAAAAGCGGCAGGAUUCGGAGACAGCAGUAGACUCUACAACAUCAUCGCAAACUUACAAAAAGAAAUCAAUGACACGAAAGAAGAAUUGAGCAAGGCUAGAGGACGAGUUCUCAACAAUGAAAAACGCAUUCAACUAUUCAUUUCCAAUGUUUGAUCUUUCAGUUUUCCCUAUUCAGAAGGAGAUUUUCAUUUUAUUGAAUUAAAUGAAAAGAUAAACAAAUAAAUUAUUUUAUAUUACUUAGA